GCUACCGGUGUUGUCUCGUGCGCGCCGGAGCAGCACGCGCUGUUCGUUUCUUCAUACAGAAAGACGACAUUAACGCUUAUUAACGCGUUAUACUGCGCUGUUCCCAUCAGCGGGAGUGAGGUCUAGACCUCAUCUGUUCCUGUAGAUCUGCGUCGCCAGUGCGCGAACAUCAAACCAGGCAAAUGGCGGACAAGAACACCAGAAUCGCUAUCGUCAACCACGACAAGUGCAAACCCAAGAAAUGCCGUCAGGAGUGCAAGAAGAGCUGUCCUGUGGUGCGGAUGGGUAAGCUGUGUAUUGAAGUCUCACCUCAGAGUAAAAUCGUUUGGAUCUCAGAGUCUCUCUGCAUCGGAUGUGGAAUCUGCAUUAAGAAAUGUCCAUUUGGUGCUCUUUCAAUCGUGAACCUGCCAAGCAACCUGGAGAAGGAAACCACACACAGAUACUGUGCCAAUUCCUUCAAGCUGCACAGGUUGCCCAUCCCUCGUCCGGGUGAAGUGCUGGGGCUUGUGGGUACUAACGGUAUUGGGAAAUCCACUGCUCUCAAAAUCCUGGCAGGAAAACAGAAACCAAACCUGGGGAGAUUUGAUGCUCCCCCUGACUGGCAGGAGAUUCUGGCGUAUUUCCGCGGCUCUGAGCUGCAGAAUUACUUCACUAAGAUCCUGGAGGACGACCUGAAGGCCAUCGUAAAGCCUCAAUAUGUUGAUCAAAUCCCCAAAACCGUUAAGGGGUCAGUAGGUGCCAUCCUAAGCCGAAAGGAUGACACCAAGACAGAAGAGCUGGUGUGUGAACAGCUGGAUCUGUUGCACUUGCGUGACCGUAAUGUUGAGGACCUAUCAGGAGGAGAGCUGCAGAGAUUUGCCUGCGCCGUCGUCUGCAUUCAGAGAGCUGAUAUAUUCAUGUUCGACGAGCCGUCCAGUUAUCUUGAUGUGAAGCAGAGGCUGAGAGCCGCCAUCACCAUCCGCUCCCUCAUCUCUCCAGACAGGUACAUCAUUGUGGUGGAGCACGACUUGAGUGUGCUGGAUUACCUGUCAGACUUCAUCUGCUGUCUGUAUGGAGUUCCCAGUGCUUAUGGGGUGGUGACCAUGCCCUUCAGCGUCAGAGAAGGAAUCAACAUUUUCCUGGACGGCUACGUGCCGACGGAGAACCUGCGAUUCAGAGAGACGUCUCUUGUGUUUAAAGUGGCAGAGACGGCAGCUGAAGAGGAGGUGAAGAAACUGUGCCGUUAUCAGUAUCCCAACAUGAAGAAGAGUAUGGGCGAGUUCACACUCACCAUCACCGAAGGAGAGUUCACCGACUCUGAGAUCAUGGUCAUGCUCGGAGAGAACGGAACGGGGAAAACCACCUUCAUCAGGAUGCUUGCCGGAGGCCUCAAACCAGACGGAGGAGGUGAUGUGCCUAUCCUGAACGUGAGCUACAAACCACAGAAGAUCAGCCCUAAGUUUAAAGGCAGUGUUCGAGCUCUGCUGCAUGACAAGAUCAGAGACGCGUACACACACCCUCAGUUCGUCACUGACGUCAUGAAGCCCAUGCAGAUCGAGAGCAUCAUCGACCAGGACGUCCAGAAUCUGUCUGGUGGUGAGCUGCAGCGCGUGGCUCUGGCUUUGUGUUUAGGCAAACCAGCGGAUGUGUAUCUGAUCGACGAGCCAUCCGCUUAUCUGGACUCUGAGCAGCGUCUCAUGGCUGCCAGGGUCAUCAAACGAUUCAUCCUUCAUGCGAAGAAGACUGCAUUUGUGGUGGAGCACGAUUUCAUCAUGGCCACGUAUCUGGCGGACAGAGUCAUCGUAUUUGACGGAAUUCCAUCCAGGACCACUAACGCCAAUGCUCCGCAGACGCUGUUGGCUGGCAUGAAUAAGUUUUUAGCGCAGCUGGAGAUCACCUUCAGGAGAGACCCAAACAACUUCAGACCAAGAAUUAACAAACUCAAUUCCAUUAAGGAUGUGGAACAAAAGAAGAGUGGAAACUACUUCUUCCUGGAUGACUGAACGCCAAUUCAGAAAACUCCAGAAAUUCAGCCGCUUGAUACGACAUCAAACCAGAAAAUGCUGGAACAGCGGACUUACAUGUUUGACUGAAUAACCAUCAUCAUCUUCAUCAUCAUCACUCUGUCCAGCGGGUUCACUUCAGAAACACAGCCCUCAUCCUCAAAUACGCCAAGCUUGUGUCAUCAUGCCAAAAGAGGAGAGAUGUUUAUUACAAAUAAAUGUGUUUCUGGGUGAAUUAUCAUUAACAGUACUGAAGUUCCUUCCGCUCACACGAGUGCUGUGAAUGAAUUCACACACGCCAAACAUGCUACUGUAUAUUUUGAAAUAAAAUAUUUUAAUCACGUUACAUGAUGCGUUACAUCAUAUUAAAUAACCCCGUUUCUCAAGAUCUGGCGUUCUGCCGCCUUGUGAAGAUGCAGAUUAAAACACACGACCAUCUACACACACACACACCCAAAAUAAUCUGUUGUGUCAUGAUAUUGGGUGACGCGUCUGUGCAGUGGGAUUGUUUUGGAAUAAACUGACUUUAAAUGGAAAGACCACAACUGAGAAAGGCUUGUGUUUAUGCUUAAAUACAUAUUCAGUGUGUAAUUCCCUCCCAUGAACGGGGUUUCAGCCAAAAACUGAUUUCAAAUAGAAAGACUGCGAGUAUAAAUGCAUUUUUUGGGUAAUGUUUGGUGUCUCCUUCGGUUUAUUCUCUUAUUUAUCACGACUCACCAAUAAGGAUGACUGACGUGAAACAGACGUUUCGACUGUGUCGAGAUG